CGCUGUUCGGAGAUCCGAGUCCCCGACCCGCCAGUCUGAAUCCCGCCGCUCUCAGUGGACCGAGCCCUCCAAUGGAAAACUGUAGGAUUUAACUCUAGACACAUUUUUCAAAUGGGUGUCGCACCUUCCUUUUGCUUGGUUUAUUUUUUUUUUGUGAUUUUAUAAUUUAUUGUUAUGCAAGGAUUUAACAUACCAAAAAGAUGAUCGGAGGCUACGUGCUCGGCAGGAGAAUCCCCCCCUCGACUACAUGCAACGCACCGAGAGCUCCACGAGAGGAUUACUCCAUGGCUUGCGUCUGACUCCCCCUGCCCGAUACCCCUUCCGGAUUUCGGAUUACUCCCAAAUUUCCUCGGCAUGGAAGGACGGGAUUUCGCAGCGCCCGCGCACCUCCUGUCGGAGCGGGGCGCCUUGGUGCACCGCGCCGCCUCUCGGAUCGCUCCCUCCGGCCACAGCUCGGUGCAGCACGCCGGACACUUCCCGCCCGGGAAAUACUAUCCCUCCCACAUACCGAUGGCUCCCCACUCAGGCAGUGGACUGAUGGGCAACUCCUCCGCAUCCUUCAUGGGGACGUUUCUGGCCAGUAGCCUGGGCUCUCCCCCCUCGCACCCGUCUCACCCUUCUCGGCCGCCCUCCUCACCCUCCUCGCCCUCCUUCCGCGGCGGACCCCACUCCAGCGCAUCGCAGAUCUGGUUUCCCCAUUCGCAUGAGGCCCCAGGGUAUCCUCGAUUCUCAGGGAGUUUGGCCCACACGUUCCUACCCAUGAGUCACUUGGAUCACCAUACCAACAGUAGUGUUCUCUACGGGCAGCACCGUUUCUAUGACACCCAAAAAGAGAACUUCUAUCUGCGGAGUCUACCAUCCCAGCCACCUCUCAUCUCAGCCAAUCACAGCCUGCCUCCUAUGUCCAGGGCUGGUCCAGGAAACACUCAGGGGUCCUGUAGCAGAGACAGAGAUCCUGGAGGAGGGUCUGCUCUACACAAGGGACUGAAGGAGGGCUCUGUAGAGAGAGGUGUUGUGCCCACCAAGGAGAAGGAGAGGUCCAGCAGUAAACAGGAUGCCAAGGAGAGGCAGCAGCAGCAUCAUCACAGCCUCCACCCACCACCACCCACACACCACCAUCAUGCCCACACACAUCAGCAGCAUCCCCACUACCCACAGCACCCGCUGCCCCUGGAGGAGGUCAACAGCAGGGCCUUGGAGAGGCACAAGGCAUCCCUCUCCAUGGAGUACAACAACAAGGACCACCCCCAGAGCAUGGGCAAGCCUCUCAGCGCUUGCCUGCUCAAUGGCAAGAUGCAAAAUGGAGAUACAGGUGCUGGGACAGGGGCUAAAGCCUCCAUGUCCAGCUGUGGAGGAGAGGGCACGACCAGGGUGGCUAUGGGGGGUGGGGGGAGCAGCCAGGCCAGACACAUGGGCUCCACGGGCAGCAGUCGCUGCAGCAAAGAGGGCGUUAGUGGGGAGAUGAGGAUCAGUGAACAGCCACCAGAUUGUCUCGAAAGGGGUCAGGCACCGCUCCACCACUCCCUGUCCUACUCAGUUCCCCCACCCUUACACAUGGGAUCUACGGCUGGUGGGACCCACCCUCACUCCCACCCCCACCCCCACACUCACCCUCACACCCACCCCCAUCCAGGAGGCUUUCACUGCCUCCAACUCCACCCCAGCCACCCACACCACUCCCAUCACGCACACCCACACCCUGACUUCUUCUGCCCACCCCCUCCAGCACCUCUAGCCAACCCCUCCUUACAUGAGAGGGGGCCAGCUAAUGGCGGGCGAGAGCCUAAAGUGACAGGGCCCACAUUUGUGCCAUCUGUGGGACGCCUGGGAGAAAAAUCCAGCGGACCUUUCCAGCUCAGUAACUCCGACUGCCACGGGGUUGGAGGUGGUGGGGGAGGGGGCAGUGCCAAGGACAAGGUCUUGGAAAAGAACAGUGGUGGUGGGCACCCAGGUAACUGGCAAAGAAAACAACAACAGCAGCAACAGCAACCCCAGCAACAGCAACAUCCAUACAGAAAGGCAGAGAAGGCUCCAGACUGGAUGCAGGCCCACCACCACCACCUCCAGCCUCAGCCCUCCCAGCUCUCCCAACCUUCCCAACAGCAACAGCCACAACAACAACAACAGCAGCAACAACAACAGCAGCAGCAGCCUCCCCAUCCCCAGCAGCAUCAGGUAGUCCGCUCCCGUAGUGCCGAGUGUAUCAGCAGCAGUGGUGUGGACACAGAUGUGUUCAGGGCCUCCCUGUCCCAGGGGCCCAAGGCUGGACACUCAGUUCCCCACCCUGUCAACACUUCCCCGUACAGAGACUGUUCCCACCCAGGGCCCCCAACCAACUCCUCUCCCCUUGGCAGUAAAGGCAUCGCCCAGCACAGUGGGACUGGAGCAGGGCCAGGUCCUGGAUCCGGAGGUAGCUGCUCCUUACAGAGAGACAGCCAAAAGGUGGCCAGGAUUCAUCACCAGCAGCAUGGCCAACCUGGCCCAGAUGCCUCCUCACCUGCAGAGCUGAACCAGGGGUCCAGCCAGGAGCUGAAGAGGAAAAUGGACAUGUCACCUUACGGAUACAGCAGCAGUGGGCAGCACCAUUCCCAACAGCCCCCAGUGCCACCAUGGACCAUGAGGCCCCCCCAUCACAUGCCACAGCCUGAGGAGGAGCAGAGGAAGUCCUAUAUGGAGUUGGGGAGCACAGGCCGGCAACACCCCCAGCAACAGCAACAGCCGCCAGGCAUGGGCCUGCAGCCUACCCAACCUCCUUCUGCACCUCCCCUCAGUCAACAGCAGCAGCAGCAGCAGCAGCAGCAACCAGAGCCCCAGGGCCCAGCACAGGGGGAGAGCAGUGCUAUGAAAAGUCUGUUAAAGUACAGCAACCAGCAACAGCCCCUGCUCCUCUCCCACAAGAGCCCAUUUGGGGGGCUGGGCAACCUCAAGUCAGGCCCUGCCGGAGGAAGUUGUGCCCUGCAGGGCAGCAAACAGACUCUGCCCACCAGGAAGGGCCCAGCCAAUGACAGCGAGCGCUCUGAUUGCAGUGGUCGGAGCCGUGACAUGGGUGAUACCGGUCAUGGGGAAAGUGAGGUUCGACAGCCGCCAGUAGGAAUUGCUGUAGCUGUUGCUCGACAAAGAGAGCCACCUUGUCGCCCAGGAGACAGUCACCCCAACAGCCGACAGGGCAGGGUGCACCCCUCAGUGAAAGGACCAGCCCGCUCCAUGUAUCCUUCAGAGCCUGCCACUGAGGAGGAGAGAAAGAGGAUGAGUGGAGACCAGAUGGGCCUUACUUGCCUGGACAGAGAGAGAGAAGCAUAUAUCAGGGAUAAUAAGGAAAGGGUGGAGUUUGCAAGGAUACACCCUUCAAACAACUGUCACGGUGACCUCACUUCUCAUCUCAUGGUCCCAGGUGGGACUUCCCUUCAAUCUGGCCAACUAGGAGACCCUGCUGCACAUGCCCAUUCUGCCCAUCAUCACUGGAUGCCAAGAACUGGAAGCCCCUCUCUCUGGAUGACAGGGCACUCCUACGGGAUUGGUCAUACAGCCCUGCACCAGAACCUGCCCCCAGGUUUCUCAGCAGCUAUGCCAGGCCCUCUACAGCCUGUCCUGCCCUUGCCCCAGGACCCCUCUGGCCAGCUGGUCGUCCUGCCCACGGAGCCCCCAGCCCACCCUGCCACCCAUCACCUUGAUGUGAUGGAGCAGCCAGGGCUUUGGCCCCCUGUAUAUGGUGCCCGGGGCCCGCCCUCCCACAUGCAACAUCCUGCUGUGUACUCCCGUUCCCGGUUUCUACGGCAACAGGAGCUGUAUGCGCUCCAGCAGCAUCAGCAGCUCCAGCAUCAGCAUCAACAUCAGCACCAGAGCCAUCAGUCACAGCAGCCACAGCCCCAGCAGCAGCACAGAGCCAACAAUGGCAUGGACAUGCAACAUCGAGCUACUCACAAUGCCCAGUUGCCCAAGAGGCCAGAUGAGCACUCUGUGGAGCUGGAGGAACUUCUGUCUGAGCCCAGGACGUCCAAACCCACCAAGCCCUACCUAUUUAACCCUGCCUCCAGAAACACCUCGCCCCCUGGGGCCUGUGCUGCCCACCUGUCCCCCUGCUGCCAGUCACCCUCACUACGACCUCACCCAAAAAGCACACCCUCUACCCCCUGCCCUGCCCCGAGUCCUGCAGCUGCGGCCCCCCACUCUCCAGCCAUCAGUCCAGCCCCAACUCAAAUAACCAAGGGGGCCGAGUCCCAGGACAAGAGGGGAGAGGGACAGCCACCACAGGACUACACACAGUCUCUGGAGCCCGACUUGCCCCCUGGAUACACCUACCCUGCCAUAGCCAUUGGUUACAGAAGCAGCUCCUCCUGCCAAGAUGUCCGAUUGGCGGAGCCAGCUGACCUGGAAGCGGUCCAGGUGGAGCCUGCAGAGCACGCUCCCCAGCCUCUUACUAGCCUGGGAGAGGCGAUAGACUGUCAGGCUGUGGUCAGGCCCCUCCCGGAGCCACUCCCACACCAAGAAGUGGAGCCAGAAGAGGAGGAAGAAAGGAUGGUGGUGAGAGCUCUGGAACCGAGUGAAGAGUUGGAGGUUUCCACGGUAGCCACAGCCAGCUUCACACCUGUAGAGAAAGAGGUAGAGCCGCAGGGCCCUGGUGAGGAGGAGGUGCUGAUUUGUUGCCCGUCUGAGAACUCAGCAUGUGAGACCAAUCCCUGUCCACUGCCCCUCUCCACGGAACUCAGCCAACAGCCAGAAGCAGUCAUCACCCUGGUAGAGGAGGAGGAUGAAGAGGAGCCGGAGGCAGUGUUUGAGGAGUCCCAGUCGAAGCAUUUCCAGGAGGUCAAGGUGGGAGAAGAGCAGGAGCCUGAGCUGGCCACCAUCAUAGAGCUCGACCCUGCAACCCCCACCACUUCUCAGCCUGAGCCUGCAACACCUGAGGAGGUGAAGGAGGCAGAGCAGUCAGAGAAAGAGAAAACCCCAAAUAACACCUCAGUGGAUUCAGCAUGUCUUUCCCCUGCCUCAGCCCCCUCCCCCUGCCCCUCCUCAAGCCUUUGCCAGACAGCCGUUGCUGUCGCCCCCAAAUCCGCCGUGCCCUGCUACUGGAGCCUGGAGCUGCUGAUUGCCGCCGCCUUCUGCACAGAUGUACCCCCGUUUCCACUGUUCCCUUUCAGCGCGCCGUCGCCUGCCCAAGCGCAGCCCGGCCCCUACCAUGGCAUGGAGCUGUUGAGCGAGCUGGCCGAUCUUGAGCUACAGCAGCAUAGACGUUCUAGCGGGGAGAGCCAGGGAGAGGAGUUGCUGAUUUUUGAUCUCCAGAGCCUUGCUACGCUGGCUACAGCACGCUCCUUGGAGAUGGGCUCUCAAGACGGCGGCACUGUGACUUCCGGGCGGCACUGUCCAGCCCGUAGGACGCUCAAUCUACGUAGAAAAUGCAGCUGGACACCGCGUAACGAACCAGUUUGCCCAGCCAAAGGUGGCAUGGAAACCAUGGAUGGUCCAGAGCUAGCUAUGCGUGUGAAGUUGGCCGAGUUACAGCGACGCUACAAAGAAAAACAGAGAGAGCUCGCCAAGCUUCAGCGGAAGCAUGAUCAUCAGAAGGAGGAGACGCCUCGGAGCCCCGCACGACGAGGACCAGGGCGCCCCAGGAAGAGGAAACCCACCCUCACCACGGGCCCCGUGUCCUCAUCUGACGGCCAGAGAAAAGUCAAGUCUAUAGGGGCGGGGCUUGCCCUGUCGCCGGAGGACCUUGGAGGAGGUGGAGACAGCCAGAGGAGGAAGAAGAAGCUGUCCAAUCGGGGCUUUGAGCGACUCAGCAGCACACAGAUGAAAGCGCAGGGCUGCAGAAAGAGCGGUCUUCACAGUGUGCUCAGCUCUAAGAUAGCCAGCGACGUCGCUCAGUUCAAACAGAAGGCCCAAAGUAAGAAGACUCUCCCUGGGACGGGCUCCAGAGACAAGGAGGCCUCGCCCUCCGGCGCCACACCUAAGCACGAGCACAGAGGCCAGGCCACAAGCAAAGCCGAGUGCAGGCGGGAAUCUGGGGGACAAAGCGACACAGCAGACAGCGGGCCCCAGGAGGGCUGGACUAGGCUUGCGCGUCAUGGAAAGAAUAAGGGAUCUGGCGUCCUGUCGCAUGGUUCCUCCUGUCUGGGUCAGCCCAGCGCACGGGUCGUCCGUGGCCGGAGACACGAGACGACGGAGGACGGAGAGAGUACCCCUGCCGAAAGUGACUCCUCUGAUCACGAAGAGGAGGAAGAGGAAGGCAGUUAUGACAGUGAUGGGGGACAUGCCGUCAAAGCCCAAACCCCCAGAGACAUCAGUUCCAGCUCCUCUAUGACUGGCCCAACUCCCUCGUCUGUCGUAAAGCUGGAGGCCAAUCAGAAAGCCAGGAACAAGAAAGAGAGGCAAGGCCUUUAUGGCGCCCGGAGUCUGACUGGAACGGAAGGGGAUGUCAAAGUGAAAAAGAAGGCCCCCUGUAGGCUGGGACUUGGAGCUACAGUUAAGAAGCACCGUGAGGACCAUGGGACAGAGGCAGUGAGGAGGCCACGGGGGCCCAGGCCCCAGGAACCUCGCUGGGGCAGUCUGGGGACCAGAGGCAGCCUUUACCGCAGGAGCAUGGGCCUGGCCACCUUCCCCACCACUACUGAGCGCCUCAAGAGGGCUACACGGAAGAGCACCAUGUUGAGAGGGGCGAUCAAUAAGAGGAGGAGCUGCUGGCCAGGCGGGGGGGCCCCACAGAGCGAGGAGAGCAGCCGGGGCACGAGGAGGAGCCGGGCAGAACAGCCUAAGGGGCGAGCGGUGAGCCGGCUGCUGCAGAGCUUUGUGGCUGACGAGGGCUUUCAGAUGAAUGACAGCAGCUUCUCCGAGGGGGAGGAGGACAGCAGCCAUUCAUGUGACCGCAGGAGCUCAGCGGGUGAGGAGGGCACCACUGUAACUGCAGUAUUGCAGCUGGAUUGUGCUACUGCCCCUUACCAGGAGAUGUACCGUCAAUUCAGUCAUGGUGAAAUCGCAACUGGGAUGUUUGUUUUUACCUCCGUAGCUCCAAACUGUGUCCUGACCAAAGAGCUGCUGACUGAUGGCCUGAAGGUGCUGAUCUCCAAGGAGGAUGAGCUUCUGUAUGCUGCAAGGGUCCACACCUUGGAGCUGCCUGACAUCUUCAGCAUCGUCAUCGACGGCGAAAGAGGAAACCGCCCUAGAAUCUACUCACUGGAACAACUGCUACAGCAAGCAGUCCUGGAUGUGCGUCCAGAGACAGAGGCCAUGCUCAGAGAGGGGACCAGGGUGUGUGCUUAUUGGAGCGAACGGUCACGCUGCUUAUAUCCGGGCUACGUUCGCCGAGGUGGCUCAUCUGAUGAGGGCAAGCAGGGAGGGGUGAUGGUGGAGUUUGAUGAUGGAGACAGAGGGAGGAUCUCUCUUUCUAACAUCCGCCUCCUGCCCCCAGGAUACCAGAUCCACUGUGGAGAGUCAUGCCCUGCCCUGCUGGUGCCCAGUGGGACAACAGCCAGGAGAAACUCUAGUCUAGAGCAAGCCCCUAUGAAUGACAGACCCAACAAUACCAACACUGACACCAACAAUCAAGCUCCACCCGUCCAUAAAAGAAAACCAGGGAGACCAAAGGGCUCUGGUAAAAAGCAGAAGCUGCAGCAACAGCAGCAGACUGAGAGCUCUAGUAAGAGCCCUCCACCAUUUCUGGGUUGGCCUUCGAUGAUUGCCCCGCGCAAAAGGACCUCUGACAAUCUGUUUCAGCUCAAUGGGGCUCCACGGAAAGCUAUGAGAGGGAAGGAUGAUGACCCGUUCCACCUGCCUCAGACCCAGUCCCAGGUCUCCUGCCCAGCCAAAGGCCUGUUCAGCAGCAGCUCCUUUGAGGUGGACUCAUUCAGCAGCAUUGCCAUGGGCUACUCUUCCUUCUGCUCUCAGUCCACGGGGACGGGGACAGGAAUGUCCAUGGGUGUCAGAAACGGACCUUACGGUCAGAGGCGUCGGCAGGAUGACUUGAGUAUGUCACGUGGCAGGAAGUCGGGACAGGAAUUUCUGGUCAAGCUGGAUCAUGAAGGAGUGACCUCCCCCAAGACAAAGAACAGUAAAGCUCUACUAUUGCUGGGUGGAACAGGGUUUGGAUCAAAGUGCAUAAGUGGGAUGCCGAGGCCAGAGGCUUACUCCCACCCAGUCCUCCUGGUUAAGGACAACAAGAAGGGAGGUUCCUCCAGGGCAGACCUCCUUUUAAAGGGAGCCCCUCCACAAAGAAAGCCCUCUACCUCCAUGGCUCUGGGGGAAUACGGAGAUCUGGGCUUCAGCUCCCACAGAGACUGCCACAGCUCUUACUCUGACCUGGAUGAUGAAGAGGAGGAAGAAGAAGAGGAGAGGAGGAGGGCUGCACUGGCUGCAGCCUCGGGAGGGUUAAGGACAGCGGGCCGCUUCCUCUCACGUCUCUCCGUCUCCUCCUCCUCGUCUGGCUCUUCCAGCUCUUCCUCCUCUGGCUCCCUCUCGAGUUCCAGCCUCUGCUCGUCUGACAAUGACUCCUCCUACAGCUCAGAAGAUGAAGAGAAUUCCACCUUGAUGUUGCAGAGCUGCUUGUCCUCCCAUCGCGGAUUGCUGCAGCCCCCUGAACCACCCACACCCUCAGGGCCACACCAGCGCUCCUUUGUGGCCAAAGCUGUGGCCGUUUCCAACGCCAAAGGAGGUCCCGCUGACCAGGUUUCUAGUAACAAGUCCUUGAAGCGGAAAGAGUACAACAGCUCCAGCUCCAAGCCUUCUAAGGAGCUUGUGAAGAAACCUAGGAUGCUAUCUGACAACAACCCCAUUCCCAGGCCCAAGAUGUCCUCAUUCCUGUCAGGACGGCAGUUGUGGAGGUGGUCUGGAAACCCCACACAGAGGCGUGGAUUGAAGGGCAAGGCCAGAAAGCUUUUCUACAAGGCAAUUGUGCGUGGCAGGGACACAGUAAGGGUGGGAGACUGUGCUGUCUUCCUCUCUGCCGGUCGGCCACACCUCCCUUAUGUGGGACGGAUAGAGAACUUCUGGGAGUCCUGGACUUCUAGCAUGGUGGUCAAGGUCAAGUGGUUCUACCACCCCGAAGAGACCAAGCUGGGCAAGAGGCACCGUGAUGGCAAGCAUGCUCUCUAUCAGUCAUGCCAUGAGGAUGAGAACGAUGUCCAGACAAUCUCUCAUAAGUGCCAAGUGGUGAGCAGGGAGGAGUAUGAGCGUCUUACCCGAGGCCAGAGGCCCAACAGUGCCUCCCUGGACCUCUACUACCUGGCCGGGACCUAUGACCCCACCACUGGUCAACUGGUCACUGCUGAAGGGGUUUCCAUCCUCUGCUGAGGCCAACCCCCAUUGAGGAUACUACUGAAGGAAGGAUCUGAGUCCAAAGGUGUCAGUGGCUUUACCUGAAGGACCCAUCAACUUUAGAAGGAACAUAAGGGUUCCCUAAGGCGUCCAUGGUUUUUGCCUUGGGUACCCGUGGACUAAAUGUGAGCACCAAAGCAGAGGCUACACACUGGAGUGCAAGGCCCCUAACCUUUAUAGAAAGGGAGCAGUUGACAGGAGGAAAUUAACCCAGAUCUCGUAACACCCUUCCCGAGGGUCACUGCAGACGAGGAUCUACGUCCUCCUGGAUCCUAGAUUUCACUGACUGGCUUUCCAUCGGUUUAAACUCAUCUCUCAUUAAUCAAGUCACAUGUAACUGACAGCUUCCCGUCCGGUUUUUGGAACCAUCCUACCAGCUCCUGUCAUGGGUCACCAAAGGAGAGCUGGAGGCGUGUUGAUCUUUGCAAGGUACCACGAGGCAACUCGUCUCUGAGGACCAAUUUUUUUGUUGUUGUGUGAGGUAGCCUUAUGUGAGGGAAUGAGAGAGAAAAUGAGGCGGGGAGGGAGGGGUCGCUCCCUUAAACCUCAUCAUUCCAGGGAUGUUGAAAACAAUGUAAACAUUGUAAAUAAAGCUGAUGCCUGUAUAUAUUUUGAAUUCUUUCCAAUCAAGCCAUACACUUCAGUACCUCUCGCCUGUCUUAACUGUUCAGGUGUACAUUGUACAGUUCAAUUAUCAGUUGUAUUGAUGUUUGUUGUCUAUAUGUACAUAAAAGCUAUUUUAUAUAGAAGUUUACUGUAUAUAUGAGAUGUAUCUUUCCAUGUUUGCAAUUGAUUUAUUUUUCUAUGGGUGUAGAAUAUGUUGUCAUUGAUUUUCUUUUUUCUUUUUCUUUUUUUUUUUUCUUCUUUGCUUUGGAAAGUCCAGAUUGAGGAUGUUAGUGUUGCACUGCAUAUGCCCUGCUGAGACAGACAGACAAGACAGACCGAUAAGACAGAGCACAGACGACGAGAGAAGGAUUUAGUACACGACAGGACAAGACUCGCUUUCUGAGAGAGAGAGGAGCCGUCCUGUUUAAAAAAAAAAAUGUCAUGUGGUUUUUGUUUUUUAUUAUUAUUAAAGUGUCCUGUUACUUUGCAUUUUUUUUUCUAUUUUAUAAAACACCUUUUAUUUAUUUUUUCAGUUGGUCAAUGUCACAAGGCAGAUCCCGAUGGACUGCAAUCACGGGUCAAAAAAAAAAAAAAAAGAAGAAUUAAGACUCACUUUUUUUGAAACAAAGUAUGUGUGUGAUGAGUGUCCGAGCAUCACUUUAAUCAUUUCCACACAAAUCAGUUCAGAACAAGACCGGGUCUGUUAAAAGGACACGUGCUAGAGCGGCGCACCGACGGGUGCACCCCUCGGCACGUUCACGAGACCUGUAAAAUACCAAAGCUUCUAUUAGAUCCUUUAUGUCCUUUAUUUAAAUUGAGAAGUACCAUGUCAAGCACCUGUACUGAAGUCAGAUCAGAAAUCACUGUAGCUCUUCUUCGUGCAAGCGUACCGGCUUCGCAUCACGACAAUGGUUUCUUGCACACGUACCUGCAGCUUUGUCCAGUGCAGAGAAAUACGCAGGCCAUCUGGAGGGGGUGGCCGAGGGGGUCACGGUACUGACAAGAGCGGGAGGCCGAGAGUUGACAAUUUGUUGGAAUUAGUCCAUUUUUUAGUUUCAUCAGCCGUCAAAGUGUCUGAUUUGUACAGUUCACGCACGUACUCGACGCCAACUGUGAAGGACAAUCAGAUUCACAAAGCAAUGGACAUAGAGUAGGUUCAUCCAUUCUAAUAAUUACGUUUAUUUUAUUUGUGCCAAGUACAUUUUGGUUGUUUUUUCUUUUCUUUUUUUUGUGUCUUUUAUUGUUUGAUAUGCAAAUCUUGAGUAUUGUUUCGUUUUGUUUUUUUUUUUGAAAAAAAGUUUUUAUUUUGUUCAUGGAUAUAUUAUUUAUUGUCAAUGUUGCUGUUUUGUUCAACCAUGCCAAGAGCGCUUUAUGAAUGUGACAUGAUUAUUAUUAUUUUUAUUUUUUCUUGGUGUGAUGUCGCAUCUGCAUUUCUUAAUAAAACUCCGGUCUUGUAGAGGGGCCGCCUAGUGAAAAGAAAUAAAGCAACACUGGAUUCUUCACAUCCACAAA